ACCGAAUCAAACCGCCAUUAUAGUAAGUUACGUAUACUAUGAUGAUUUGCAUACUGUGGAACGAAAGUAUAGCUAAAGCGAUGAAUAAUAUAAUAUUUCCUCAAUGAGAAAAAACUAUUUAAGACCUAAUUGGCGGCAGACGAGAAGUAUACAUAAAUUGCUGACUGUUUCUGCUUGUUUUUAUACUGUAAUUAGCAAGCAAAGCGUCUGAGACGAAAAGAUCGUAGUGGAGAACAUCGAUCGAACGCGAUCAUUGAAUUCCGCAGAUACUUAUGUCAGCGUUGCAGUAGUUCUUGAUGUGUAAACAAUUACAGCUGUGAGUGUCAUUCGACAAUUCCUGAUUAUAUAAGUCGCAUAUGAAAAAAUGCUAUGGUGGAGAAAAAGUGUAUGAAAUUCUUUCGAUUUCUUGCAACGGAUGGUGGCUCUUAAAAAUGACUGACUCCACUUCUGCCGCUUCUACUUUUGUCAGGAUAAUCAGCAAUACAGUGACUUUAUUGAAAUGUGUCAUUCGGACAGUAUUUGUGAUAUUAAACAAUGUCUAUUGCAUACCUACAUAUGUGGUAUGGAUGAUGUUAUUGUUUCCUGUAAAAGUAUAUCAACCCCAAGUGUACUGGCGAAUCGAAGGUCUAUUUUUUCAUUGGUUGUUGGCAAUGGUGUCUAUGUGGACUUGGUCUGCAGGUUACGACAUAAUAGAACAAGGUGAUGACAUACAGGAGAUCAUAAGUGAAAAAACAUUAGUUAUAGCGAAUCAUCAGAGCACUGGUGAUGUUCCUAUAUUAAUGACAACGUUUAACGCUAAGGCAAAUGUUUUGCCCAAUUUAAUGUGGAUAAUGGACAGAAUAUUCAAAUUUACCAAUUUUGGAAUAGUUUCUAUAUUACAUCAAGAUUUUUUCAUCGUAUCGGGUCGUAAACGAAGGGAAGAAAGUUUAAAACAAUUAGAAAAACAUCUUAAAGAAUCUUACAUACCACGAGAUAGAAAGUGGAUGGUACUCUUCCCAGAAGGAGGCUUUCUAUGCAAAAGACGGGAGACCUCGCAAAAAUACGCCAAGAAAAAUAAUUUGCCUAUUCUUGAGAAUGUGACUCUGCCGAGAGUAGGUGCCAUGCAAACGAUAUUUGACACUCUUGGACCGGUACCGAGAAGAGAUAUCACGCAGGAUCAACAAUUAAAUAGUCGACCAAAUAUGACAGUAGCUAAACCAGAAAUUAGUUGGGUUCUUGAUAUAACGAUAGCGUAUCCUCAAGGUAAGCCGCUUGACUUACCUACUAUUGUAACUGGUUCGAGACCUCCGUGCGAGACUGUGUUAUUCUAUCGACUUUUCCCUAGUUCAGUGGUUCCUCGCGAGCCAGAACAAUUAUCCAAAUGGUUAUACGACAGAUGGGUAGAAAAAGAAACACUCUUGGAACAUUUUUAUAAACAUGGAACAUUUCUCGGGCCAAAUGGUUCGACUAGAGGAAGUUCCAAAGUACAUCAGGAUCCACUGAGAUUCCUAGUCCUUCAUUUAUUUUUCAUAACUUCUAGUUAUAUACAUUAUAGCAUGCUUGCGUACGUGCUAUCUUGCUUUUGGUGAGAUAUUUUAUACGACGCACGACGAUUCGGUUAUAGAAGGAAAUUGCAGAGUAACGAAAUAAGAUAUUCUUGCCUUAAACAAUCAUUUUGAUGUCUGUACGAGCAACUUUAACGAAUGUGCGAAUCACCAAACUCAACUAAUUAUAAAAAUAUCAUCUAUGACAUAUAUUUUUAUUUAAUGCAACAGAGUUGGAAGCACGGGUGUAUUUACGGCUUGUGUUAUUCUAUAUAUAAAACGUAUAAUGUUAUCUUAAACUUGGUCUCGAAAUAUCAAACACAUUUUAUAUUUAGUAGUAAAAUAUAUUAAAUAUCAUUAAAAAUAACCCACUUUUGUGAUUUUAAUA